AUGCGCGAGUUCAAGGUAGUGGUACUCGGAAGCGGAGGUGUUGGUAAAUCAGCUCUAACCGUUCAAUUUGUUUCGAAUACAUUUAUCGAAAAAUAUGACCCGACAAUUGAGGACUUUUAUCGGAAAGAAAUUGAGGUAGAUGGUCAGCCAUGUGUGCUGGAAAUUUUGGAUACCGCGGGUACAGAACAGUUUGCAUCGAUGCGUGAUCUAUAUAUUAAAAAUGGACAAGGCUUUGUGGUGGUGUAUUCAAUAACAAGUCAACAAACAUUUCAUGACAUCAAAACAAUGCGUGAACAAAUUGUUAGAGUCAAGGGUACCGAUCAAGUGCCUAUUUUAUUGGUUGGUAACAAAUGUGACCUAAUUCAUCAACGGCAGGUACGUACAGAAGAUGGUCUUGGUUUAGCAGAAUAUUGGUCAUGUCCAUUCACGGAAUGCUCAGCAAAGAGUGCACAUAAUGUGAAUACUGUAUUUGCCGAAAUUGUACGUGAGAUGAAUUAUGUUCAGAAUGCACGCAUCAAGCAGAAUCAGGGAUGUUGUACAGUGCUGUAA